UGUAGGGAUGAGACUGAAACGAGGAACGACGUCGCACGAUCCGAUAUUCGCGCGACGACGGUGACACGGUAUAUAGACUGCAUGCGGCUCGCAACGAUACACGUAACGCGUCAGGACUUUUGAAUUCGCUUUCCCGUCGAGUAAUCGUGACGUUAAAGUUUGGCGGCACGAGAGGCGUGUUUCCCAGGCUGUGCAACUGUGCGGUGCUAUUCCCGUUUCUCCAUCUUCCGCAUUCCUCGCUCCGAUUGGAGUAUCUUUCUUCGUGUACGAGCGUGUAUCGACGGUUCUGGGAUUAUUGCGCGCAGACGGAUCUGUUUGCCAGAAGAAAAGCCGGAGGCAGCGUCAGAAAUCAUUGCAACUCGGAUACCAGGUGGCCGAAGAUGAACCAAGGGUGAAGUACCAAGAGAGGCGCGUCAUCGACAAAUUUUUCUAGGCGCCCCGAGCUUUCCCGGAGGAUGCAACGAUCGAUUACGCGGUAUCGACCGAGUAUCGGUCGAUAGAUACGUGCCUCGACGUCGGUCGAAUGGCUGGCCAAGCGUUCGGUUCUCGUUGUCCGAGUACUGUCUUCUCGCGGUGCCGGAUGAUACACGAAUAAGCAUGUUUUCUGCACAGUGAGCCAACAACGCUCUCGUCUACCCGUGGACUCGUUGAUCCGUUUCCAGCUGCUUGUUAUCAAAUCCCGGUAGUGUACGGUUGGAGUGAGUCAUCCCGACGUCUUCGCGGAGUUCCUCCCACUCGUCGAUCGUACCACCCACCCGUAUCGCGAACACCGCGCGAUACGAGGAACGACGGGCGACUUAGAAACGCGUCGAGCGUAGUUUUUAAGAAGUUUCGCGGAAGGUGGAUCCAGAGUCGCGGUUAGCGAACGUCGAUCGGAUGUAAAACGGAUGAAGGCAACGCUUCGAGUGGUGGGUCGGUUCCGCGAACGUUGUCCUUGAUCGAAAGGCCCCGGGUCAGCCACGUGCACCGUGUACACGUCCGCGAUUAUUGGUAUCAUGAGUAUCGCGUCGACUUCCCCACCAACAACGGCCACAUGACUUGACGAUCGCCCCCACCCACCGCUGUUCGUCGUUGAGUGAAGGCGGCGACAGUGGCAGUGACGUCACAUAGGGAACGACGAGCACGACGACGACGACGACGGCGGCGACGACGACGACGACAAACGACGACGACGACACCGACGACGACGACGAGGACGUGGACGAGGAAAGAAGAGCAGAUAGUAGUCAACGGCUGUACUGUGGAAGGUACUUAACGAGUGACAUACGCCGCUGGUGGUUCAGUCGGCGGCAGUCAGUCAGUAGGUGCGAGGUGUCCGUUACUGUAUUUUGCCUUUUCUUAUUACGAGCGUUUCGGCGCGUUAGGUUUAUCUCUGCCGUGUGAAUACCGCGGGUGUGUGCUGGUGCCGUUGUUCGUUGUCGUUGUUCUUGUUAUCUUCGUCGCCUCCUCCGCCGAUCGCGGUGGCGGUUUUGGCGGAUAGUGGUGGAUCACAGUGUUGAGUGUGAAACUGGAGCCGUUAGUGGUAGCAGUCGAUGGGAAGAGCUAUCAUGUGCCCGCAGAGGAUUUUUGAACUGGCGAUCGUCGCGCUGGUGACUCUAGGUGGACGGGUGACGGCGUACACGAAUCAGUGGGCGGUGCACAUCGAGGGAGGACCGGAAGAGGCCCAGCAGGUCGCACAGCAGCAUGGCUUUCAGUAUUUGGAUAAGAUAGUCGACGACUGGUACCACAUGGUGCACACAUCGGUGGUGAAGAGGUCCACGGAACCGCAUCUCGGGAUACACCAGAGGCUAAUACAAGACCGCAGGGUGCGUCGUGCAGAACAGCAGCGGGUAAAGUCACGAACGAAACGAGACCUGAUAAUCAAACGCGGCCCGUCCAACCUGCAGACCAUUCUGAAUGACGAAAGGUGGCCCCAAAUGUGGUAUUUGAAUAGGGGGAACGGAUUGGAUAUGAACGUACAGGAAGCUUGGGCGGAUGGAAUUACAGGACGUGGUGUCGUGGUCACGAUUCUCGACGACGGAUUGGAAAAGGAUCAUCCCGAUCUCUGUAGAAAUUACGAUCCGCAAGCUAGCUAUGACGUUAACAAUCACGACGAAGAUCCCAUGCCAAGGUACGAUCUGUUAGACAGUAAUCGACAUGGAACCAGAUGCGCUGGUGAAGUUGCUGCAACUGCUAAUAAUUCUAUCUGCGCUGUCGGCGUCGCGUUUGGAGCUGGCGUGGGUGGGGUGAGAAUGUUGGACGGAGACGUAACCGACGCUGUCGAAGCCAGGUCACUGAGUCUGAAUCCUCAGCACAUCGACAUUUACAGUGCCUCCUGGGGGCCGGAUGACGAUGGAAAAACCGUCGAUGGCCCCGGUGAACUUGCCACUAGAGCUUUCAUCGAAGGAAUCACGAAGGGUCGGAACGGCAAAGGGUCGAUCUUCGUGUGGGCGUCAGGAAACGGAGGCAGGGAUCACGACAACUGCAACUGCGACGGUUAUACGAACAGCAUCUGGACGUUGUCCAUCAGCAGUGCCACGGAGAAUGGUCAGGUGCCUUGGUACAGCGAGGCCUGUUCCUCGACUCUCGCAACCACCUACAGUUCUGGUUCAACCGGUGAGAAGCAAGUAGUGACCACCGACCUGCAUCACUAUUGCACGAGCAGUCACACGGGAACGUCUGCAUCGGCACCGUUGGCCGCCGGCAUCUGCGCCCUUGCCCUCGAGGCGAACAAAGAGUUGACCUGGAGAGACAUGCAACACAUCGUCGUGAGGACAGCGAAACCCGCAAACUUGAAAGCUCCCGACUGGGUAACCAACGGUGUCGGACGAAACGUGAGUCAUAGUUUUGGCUAUGGGUUGAUGGACGCCGCCGCCAUGGUGCGUUUGGCCAGGAGGUGGCGAACAGUACCAGAACAACAUAAAUGCGAGGUUUCAGCGCCACACAUGGGCAGGCCAAUACCACCAAAGAGCCAGUUAAGUCUGGAAUUGCACGUCAAGGAGUGUAGCGGUGUUAAUUUUCUCGAGCACGUGCAGGCGAAGGUAUCUCUGAUGGCCUCCAGAAGAGGAGAUCUUCAGAUACAACUAACAUCUCCACAGGGUACGAAGAGUACUCUGCUUGCAAAAAGGCAACACGACGUCUCGAAGGCUGGUUUCAGUCAAUGGCCAUUUAUGUCGGUUCACACUUGGGGCGAAAGGCCACACGGCACGUGGAAACUUGAAAUCCACAAUGAGGGUCGAUAUCAAGGUCGUGCGACUCUACACGAGUGGGCGUUGAUUUUCUACGGGACGGCGACGCUGCCUGAUCGCACGGAAUACGCGUUGUACAAUCCUGCCAAUGUCAACAUCCCUAGGAGGCCGUUCGUGAAGCCACGGGAGACCGUGUUCUCGAAGGCGCAGAAUUCCCUGACAGGCUCGAAGAGCAAACAGACUCAACACAAGUCCGAGAAAUCUGGGAAUCUCAGUCCGCCGUACGUGGUGAACGCGCAGACCCAAUCGCAGAGGAAGGGGAAGGCGCGUGGUCAGCACAAGAACGGCAAGUCGGCGAACAAACCAACGCCUAAGCCAACCGUGCAAACGUUGAGAGGGUUGACGGCGGUAAGGGGUCCCAGUGUCGCUGGAGAAGUACGCCUGAUCACCUCCAAGCCACGUGGAAGGAGUACACCGAGUCCGAUCACUACUACCACGGUCGUCCAAACAAGACCCACCACCGUCCCUCCCACCACUAGAACGACGAGCAGACAAAGACUCGUCGAAAUAGUGACCGUGUCGUCCCUUCAGACGGGCCUGAUCCUCUUGGAGCCACCAGCGAAGCCCAUCAUUGAAAACGUACCCAAGAUCUUUCAACAGUAUCACAAGAUUCAGAAACUCUACCCUCUCUAUCCUAUAUUCUCCGGCGUGCGUGGGACCGGACAACACGCGACCAGGGCGAAGGGUUUGGACUUGCUGCAAGACGAGCAAAUGUUGGACUCGAAGAACACGGACAACGACAAUUUAGAGGAAUUCAGGCUAGUGUUCUACGGCACGGAGACGUCCCUGGAGUUCAGCGACGACCUGGACAAGGACAAGCCAGGACCUCCGGUGAAUCACCAGGAGGCUGCCCAGGAAAAUACGGCGAUCGGGGCGAGGCACAACGCGGUGGACACGGACGGCGAUCCUUGGACGGAUAGCCAGCAGGUAGAGCGCGUCUCUCAUCCAGAGGUACAAAAACCGACCACCGAGAACCAGAUGAGCGGUUGCAGUUCCGUGGACGCUGCUAGUGGCAGGUGCCUAGAGUGUAAGCCGAACUGGUACCGCUACAAUGGCCUUUGCGUGUACGAGUGUCCGACGACGACUUAUGGCGUAUCCGACGAGACAAAGGCGGUCUGUGCCCCUUGUCACUACUCCUGUCUAACUUGUUCGGGACCUUCAGACGCCGAGUGUGUCACUUGCCACGAAGAUUCCGAGUUUUCGAGUUUCAACGACUCCCAGUGCAUCCUGAAGGAAUUCUCGUGGACGAUGCAGUCGACCAUCUGGUUCUACAGGAUGUCGAUUCUGUUCUCUAUCAAUCUCGCCGUGCUCAUGGUGGCCGCGAUUUAUAUGGCUGUCAAUUGGUUGUCGCGUAAUAGGAACUCGGUGGUGUACAGUUACAGCAAGGUACCCCAUUCGAGCAACGGCGACGCGCAGAAGAACAUCGACAGGAUCCAGGGAAGUGAUUGUCCCUCUGACAGCGAUUAAAAAGGACGAAUUCGGAUACGAUCGAUACCAUCCGUGUUAUUUCAAAGACGGACUAUUGAUACGCGAGGCGAGCAACGACAGAUCUUACGGGCUGAACGUUCGAAAGAAAAUAUACUUCCGCGAUUUUCGACACGGUGACCCGUGUCAGGAAGUCAAGGAAUUCUAGUAAAUAUUUUAAUAUCGCGCGUAAAUGCAUUUAUAAUAUUUCGAAGUGACGAUAAUGCUCAAGAGUAUGCCGCCCUUUAUCUUAAUACAUUCCAACUGGCGAUCGUAAAUUAAGUUGUUAGUUUCUUUGCCAGUGAAGAUUACAAGUGCGCAGAGACUGUGUGAUACAGUGUGAGUAAACGUGAAAAGGAAUCGAUGGUUGUUGAAGCAACGCAGAGGUAAAUUUUAAUCUCGUUUACGCUUAAUGAACUAUCGCGGAAGCAGACUCGGCGUUUUUUCUGAUUUUUAUUUUUGCCCGAUAGCAUCAAAUUAUUUAACCGAGACGUUUAAAUUUAAAAAUCUUUCAGGUAACCGUUAACUUAUCAAAAUCCUUAUCGCGACGAGUAAUUGUGAUACAAAGUAAUUGCAUCGCGAUGCAAAUACGCUUACUAAGUUUUCAUUCACCCGGCUAAGUAAUCGAUAAAUACGCGUAGCCGAUAUCUGGUCACCGUUAUAAAGAAACAAUUAACUAUAGUUGAAGUAUUCUGUGCUCUUCGUUAAUCAAAACUAGAAUAAUCUUAUCAGCGCAACUGAUUGUAACGAUUUGCAUUGCAUCCGAGUUCCUAGCUAUACCAAGCACAUUGUAAUUUGUACACCAGUGAAAGUACUAUAUAUUAUUUAUGUAAAUUACGUUAACAUGUGAAAUAUAAUAAAGUAUGACAGUGUUUUCAAACAGUCACAGAUUAUUAAAGUUACGUAACUGUCCUCGUGCGCAAUA